GCCCUCGACUUCUCUUCUGCAACACAUCACACAGUCUCAUCUCCGCAACAUCAAGAGAUGCCGGUGAUGCUUCGACACAGGUCUCUCUUCGGGCAUUAUCUCCAGACAGACAGUACACUACCUAGAGGUACACUAGGCGAUCGGCUGAAAUCCACAACACGUUACUAGCCGGCAAGUGAAAGCCCCAUGCGCGACUGCCGAUCCAACUUAAUCGCGUACCUGAAUGGAUUUCACCACAGCAGCGCGGUAGGUAGGUAGGUAAUGCCAUUGAUGCCGGGAACGAGACGGGAUGUUCAGGUUCGACAAGCCACCCUCCAUCAGGGGCCGCCCGGGCACGCACAUUGAGCGCUCUCGAUUGAGGAGGAGGGGGGUCGAGCUGGAGAUUGAGUGCCCGCCCACCAUCCCACACACGACUCGUCACACGCACAAAUUGCACUGCCCACUCCCGCUCCCUCGCCGGCUUCAGCUACAGUACAGUACCUGUCUAGUCGCGUGGAAUGGAAACUACCAAGGUUCUACCAUAGUUUCCCCAAGGACAAGGUCAGGCCUUCCUGACUUCCGCGUCAUCGUCUGUGGUCCCCACUCUCCCGACUUCCAUGUCUGAAACCGUCUCCAGAUUUUCUUAUCCAGUCCUUUUCUUCACUUCAACUUUUUUAUUCCCGCUGUAGCGCAUCCUUCUUUGUUGUGUCCACUGUUCAGGGCGAGGCAGUGUGGCUCUGGACCCCAUCACCUCGGUCUCAUACUGCCAAUCAUUCGUUGAAGCGUCGCGCCCUUUCUUUCUUUCUUUCUUACAAUCUCCUGGACUUGGCAUUUGAUCGCUCUCUGUCUAUCUUUCGCAUCAUCUAGAGUCACUAAGCGCAUGCUAUUCCUCGAAAGGUCUUGGCAACAUCAGAUAUCGAGCUGAGCGGCGGGCCGGCCACUCAACCGAAAACACCAUACCAUACAUCAUGAGGACAACAUCAUCGCCAAGAGGGGCGACAUGGCUCACAGCUCUCUUCGCCGCCGCAGCUUGUUUGCUGCCGGCAGCAAAUGCCCAAGGCUACGCUAUCGAUACCACAGAUAACAUCCGUGCCUCCGCAAAAACGCUAGCCUUCGACUUGAUGAAAUUCUACAACGGCAACCAGUCGGGCCAAAUCCCAGGUAUCCUGCCCGGUCCGCCCUCCGAUGGAAAAGGCGACUACUACUGGUGGGAAGGCGGCGCCCUGAUGGGCACCAUGAUUGAUUACUGGCACUUGACCGGCGACACCACCUACAACGAUGUCAUCACCCAGGGUAUUCUUCACCAAGUCGGCGAUAAUCGCGACUUUCAACCCUUGAACUUCACGGCCUCGCUUGGCAACGACGACCAAGGAUUCUGGGGCAUGACCGCCAUGCUUGCCGCCGAAAACAAGUUCCCCAACCCGCCCGCUGACCAGCCCCAGUGGCUUGCCCUUGCUCAGGCCGUCUGGGCCACCCAAGCCGCGCCCGACCGCCACGACGAUACUUGUAACGGUGGUUUGCGAUGGCAGAUUCCUCCUACAAACAACGGCUACGACUACAAGAAUACCAUUGCCAACGCCAUCUUCUUCAACAUGGGCGCCCGUCUCGCCCGCUACACCCGCAACGACACCUACGCCACCUGGGCCACCAAACAAUUCCAAUGGAUCUACGACGUCAACUAUAUCGACCACGACUCUUGGAAAGUCUACGAUGGCGGGCACGUCGAGCAUAACUGCACGGACAUCAACAAGGCGCAGUUCAGCUACAGCGCCGCCAUACUCGUCCAGGGCGCCGCCUUCAUGUACAACUACACGGAAGGUGACGCCGCCACGCAAGACAUGUGGAAAACCCGCAUCGAGAAACUCACCGAAGGUCUUUUUCGCGAUUUUUUCCCCAAAGGCAUCGCCUUCGAACUCGCCUGCGAGGGCCGCCAGGGCGCCUGCACGCCCGACAUGGUGAGCUUCAAGGGGUACGUGCACCGCUGGAUGGCAAUGGUGACGCAGAUCGCGCCCUUCACGCGGGACACCAUCCUCCCUGUCCUCAAAACCUCAGCUGAAGCGGCAGCGAAGCAAUGUACGGGCGGAGCCACAGGGCGAGUGUGCGGCUUCUACUGGUCCGGGGGUGUCUUUGUCGAUCCCGCCGUGGACAAGACUACCGGUGCGGGAGAGGCUAUGGAUGUUCUCGCGGCUGUGUCGAGUCUCCUUAUUGAUGAAGCCGACCCGCCGGUGACGAACACGACGGGUGGUACCAGCAAGGGAGAUCCAAACGCGGGAACGGGAAGUAGGCAUGCUACCGAGCCAGCAAAGCCGAUUACUACGGCGGAUAAGGCUGGGGCGGCUAUGUGCACGAUAUUGCUGAUAGCGGGAGGUAUUGCGAUUUGGAUUUUUAUGAAUUUGGGGGAUUGAGCUGAUGAUUUCCAUGAAUGAGAGUUUGGAGAAGGGGAUGUAUGUGCAGAUAUGCUCAUGAUUCUGUAUACUCACAUCUUUGGGUUCUUUUGGUAUGAGACCGGGUAAAUAAUGGGCCGGCGUUAUGUACAGGGGGGCUUCUUCUUCUUCUUCUUGUAUAUGUAGCACGUUUUGAUACCACCAUAUUUCUCGCACUAUGCUGUCACAGUUUGAGAUGAGGAUGACUGAAGAGCAACGGCUCUUCCAAUCCCCAAUGAUAUCGCCGAAUUCGAAGGCCAAGGAAAGAAGAGGUCGCUCCGGGACAACCAAC